UUGUAACUUUUCUGAAUGGGAUUUCCUUAAGUUCCAAGACUCGUUUCGGCUGAUGCAUCAGUUUAUUAGAAAUUUGCGACUUUCGGCCAGUGAAGAAACAUUUGCACUUGGAGAACUUACUAAGUGGCAGACAUAUGGAAUACAGUUUUUGCACGGCACAACACUCGGUAUGGAAAUUGUAAAAGAGCUUAAAAAAGAAUUAAGAACAAUAAGUAAACAUGUAUUAGCUGUUGCCCAACAUAACGACGAAGCUUUCGAAAACAUACAAAGGGCUCUAAAUGACAUACAAGAUGCUUUUGAAAAGGCAGAUGAAAAGUAUUUGAGCUUAAAAAAACAAGUUGAAACAAACUAUGAGCAGCAUAAAAAGGAGACACUUGCAAGCAUGAAAAAUAUGAAAGACGAAAUAGCUGAAAUCGAAUGUCAAAGUCAGCGCUCAGCCACAAGCAUAUCAAACUGUAGAAAUGAAUUAGAAGAAGUGCAGACAUGCGUUUCAGAAAUAAGAACUGAACAGCGAAGAGAAAAUGCAGAAAUAAAGAGCCAUGUUUCUGAUCUUAAUGCAAAGUUGGGAUAUUGUAAUACUGAAAUAAACGACGUUAAACAAAGUAUGCAAGAUAUAUAUGACAAUGUUUCCAGCAGCAAAAAAGAAAUUGAGGCUAUUAAAGUUCAUUUGUCAAAUGAUAGGCCUCGUGAUCAAUUAUUUUUUUAUCCACCAAACAGAAUUGCUAGUUUUGUUGGAAGAAAAGAAGAAUUGAAACAACUACAAGAAAGGUUUUUUGAAAAAAAGUAUGGCUGCAAUAUGCAAAUUUUAUGUGGACUAGGAGGAGUAGGAAAGACAACAUUGUCUAUUGAAUACGCUUGGAAUUCCCACGCCUUGUAUCCUGGUGGUGUGUUUUGGAUGUCUGCAGAAACAAAUGAAUCUCUGGAAGAUUCAAUACAAAAGAUAGCUCUUGAUACUGAUAAUGUCGGAAAUGAUGCAAAGGAAUCGAUGCGUAAAACGCUAAUUUGGCUACGUGGACUGCAACAGAGAUGGCUGCUUGUAAUAGAUAAUUUAGAUAUGGAAGAAAUCAAAGGAAAUGUCAAAGAAUUGGUUCUAGGUGCGUGGAGACAUAACUCAAAUGGUCAAACCAUAAUCACUUCAAGAAGAGAGGCCAAUAAUGCUGAGGAGGAGUUUUAUGUCCAAGCCGACGACUGCAUAACGUUGGAUGUAUUGACAGAAAAGGAAAGUUUACAUUUCAUUACAACUCGCACGGGUCUUCAAAUUAACAAUGAUGAAAAUGCAAUAUGUUUAGUACAUGAACUCGGUGGAUUACCUUUAGCACUGGAACAAGCAGCGGCUCAUAUCAAAGCAUUGUCAUGUACUUACAAAGAGUACUUCAAUAAAUUUAAAGAACAAAGAUUGAAAUUGCUUAAAGCAAUCAGACCACCUUUUGAAUUGUCAAAGGAAAGACAAGCGGUGCGAACAACAUGGCAACUGAACUUUGAUUACAUUUUGAAACAGUCAGAGCAUGAAGGAUUGGGAAAUACUGCAGUCACCAUCGUUGAAAUAUUAGCAUAUUUAUAUGCAGAAGAUAUACCUUUUUGUGUCAUUAAUACAGGAACACCUAAAAUAUGCGAUGAAAAUUUAUCACAGGUUCUCGAAGAUCCACUAGGAAAAAAGCAAAUUAUUGAAAUCCUCACACGAUUUUCCCUCUGUUCAAAAAAUGCUGAAGUAUUGAGUAUGCAUCGAUUAGUUCAGGAAGUUAUGAGAGAAGAAGUUCAGAACUCAGAACGAACGCAUUUCAUUUUACAGUGUGCAAUUAGAAUGGUUAAUAAAGCUUUAAGCGAAGCGUCUUCACCAAAUGAUGCAGUCAAAGAAGAAAACGUCGGCAAGAUAUCUUUGCAUAUGUGGGGUAAGUUGGCUCUUCAAGCAAAUGCGUUAAGGGCAUACAUGAAUCAAUAUGCAGCACAAUCCCCAGAUAAUCCAGAUAGUUGUUUGAAUGCCGAAUCCCUAAAACUUUUACAAACAUGUGCAAUUUACCACAGUUUUUACCAAAGGCAAGACGAAGCUUUAGUCUGUCAAAAUCAUAUGUUAGGGAUUAUAACAUCAAGUGAGAUAUCAGAACGCGACUUUCAUGCACUGACAUCAAUUAAAAUUCCCAUUUUAAAUAGGGAAAGGCUUAUUAUACAGUGUGGAAUAACAUUAGAUUCAAAUGAUGAACAGAGCAGCAAUACCAUAGAGGACACAGAAAUGUUACGACAAGAAGGUAAUACUGCUUACAAAGAACUGAGGUUCCAGGAUGCCAUACAAUAUUAUUCAAAGGCCAUAAGUUUAAAACCUAAAAAUUCAAAUCCAAAACUGUUUGCAAAUAGAAGUAUAACCUUCUUAAAAGUCGGCAAUUACGAAAAUGCAUUACGUGAUGCAAUGAGCUGUAUUGAGCUAGAUCCGACGUUCUGGAAAGCAUAUUGCUGGAAAGCUCUUGCCCUUGCUGGGUUAGUACAAAACGGUAUAUUAAACAAGUCUUGGUUAUCUGUUGGUGAGGCAGCGGCCUCUGUAGCUGGAUUUGGAAAUAAACAAUGCCUAAACAUCGCUGAAAUAAAGGUAGAGUAUCCUUUGGUUUUGUACCAUAUAGUAGAUAAUGUACACGAAUUUCGUAUGUUGCUAAAUUGUCCAUCUAAGAAAACAAUACUUCUUCGGAAAGGAAAAUACAGCCUUUUAGGAGCUACGUCAUCAAUUUCAAGAAGUGUAUGUCUUAUUGGUGUUGAAAAUGAUGUUGAAAUUAUCAAUGCUGACGCUUUAGUGAUCAGUAAUCCAUAUGCAUUCUUAUGCAAUUCAAUAGAAUAUUGUGCAAGUACCAUUGAUGUAUAUUUCGAAAAUGUUUGUUUCCCGGCAGAUUCAGGUUCAAUAGCCGUUAGCCUACGUGCGAAUGUAGCAUGCUAUAAUUGCCGCUUUAGUAAUGGCAAAAAGGGAUGCGAAAAUUUUCCAAUUUGUGAUGGAGGAACAGGGUGUGUUAACAAGAGUAAAACUGAAUGUAAAAGGGAAAGUGAAACUGCAAAUGAAAUGGACGGUCUAUUUUCAAAUUGGUGAAGUAGG